AUGUCUGGCCCUGACCCCACCACGACCGUCCUCGCGGUCCCCACGCCGCAGCAGGACGAGGCCGUCAGCGAGAAGAAGGGCCUUUCCACCGACGACGACGCCGUGAAGGCCUCGGGAAAAGAUGGCGGCUCUCUUUCUCCGGAAAUAAAGGAGGCGACCCCUCCGUUCGACCAUGCCAGCAGCCAGGACAAGGACACCGACGACGAGGGCCACAUCAUCAUCACGGGCGCCGACGCGGCCGCCCAUCUGCUGCCCAUGCGAGAUGAUGGCGAUCCUGCCUUGACCUUCCGAAGCCUGUUUCUGGCCACCAUCCUCGCGUGCUUCCAGGCUGUCAUGUACCAGAUCUACCUGUUCAAACCGACGGUCAUUACGAUUCAGGGCACCUUCAUCGUCCUCAUCGCAUACUUCUUGGGCAAAGCGUGGGCCUUCGUCUUUCCCCGCGGCGACCACCUUGUGGCACGAUGGCGCGAACGAGGCGGGCAGGGCAGGCCUCCGCUAGGGAUCUUGAUCGCGAAGUUUAUCAACCCAGGGCCUUGGGGUCUCAAGGAACAUGCCAUCUGCGCCAUCACGGCCACGUCGGCGUCCAAUGCCGCCGCCAGCGUCCAGGUCUUCGCCGCUCAGGAUCUGUUCUACGACCUGCCGCUCAGCGCCGUCACCGUCAUCCUGGCCGUCAUCUCCAUCGGCCUCUUCGGCUACGGGCUCUGCGGUUUGAUGCGCCCCAUCACCGUCUGGCACGUCGAAGCCGUCUACUGGAGCAACCUCCCGACCGUCAAGACGCUGCAAGGCCUCCACUGGCAAAACCUCAAGGACUCCAAGCCGCUGCGCUGGUUCUGGAUUGCCUUUGGCACCAUGUUCGUGUACGAGUUCCUCCCCGCCUACAUCUGGCCCUGGCUCAAUGCCGUCUCCAUCCCGUGUCUUGCUGCCAUGCACGCCACCGGCGAGAAGGCGGCCAUCCUCACCAACUUGUUCGGCGGUUCCGUGAACAACGAGGGUCUGGGCAUCCUCAAUCUGUCGUUUGAUUGGCAAUAUCUCACUUCGUUCAACACGUCGCUCCCCCUGAAGUUGCAGGCUCAUGCCGCGCUGGGCUACCUGGUUUGCUACGCCGCCAUGCUCGGAAUCUACUACAACAACGCAUGGGGUGCGAGAUCGCUGCCGUUCAUGUCGACCCGGCUGCUGACCCCGACCGGCCACAAUUACCCCGUGGCGGAGGUUUUCAAGGGAGGCGUGCUCGAUCAAGAGGCCUUUGCGGAACAUGGCGUGCCUCAGCUCUCCGGAAGCUUUGCAUACGCCAUGCUCAUGGCGAACGCCGCGAUCGGUGCCCUGAUUGUCCACUGCAUCCUCUUCUGGGGCGGCGACGUUGUCAGGGCGUUCAAGAGCGCCAGAGCCGGGAGGCACGACGACCGCCACCACGAACACAUGGUCAAACACUACAAGGAGGCCCCGCAGUGGUGGUACAUUGCCGUCUUGGUCAUCAGCUUCGUGCUCGGCCUGAUCGUCGUCACGACGCAGAACAUUACCAUGCCAGCGUGGGCCUACAUCGUCUCGUUGCUGCUCGGCAUCAUCGUGGCUCCCUUUAGCACCUUGUUGUUUUCGCGUUACGGCAACGGCAUCGCCACGAACAACUUGUCCAAGAUGAUGGCCGGCCUGAUGCUCCCCGAGCGCCCCGUCGGCAACAUGUACUUCGCCGCAUGGUCGCACAACGUCAUCUCCAACGCUGUCAACCUGUCGAGUGACCUCAAGAUGGGCGAGUACCUCAAGAUUCCACCGCGUGUCAUGUUCCUCACGCAGAUGUACGGCACCAUCCUGGGCGGCUUCAUUAACUACGUCGUCAUGAUCUCUAUCGUGAACGGCAACCGGGACCUGCUCGUCAACUCCAACGGCAACAGCUCCUGGAGCGGGGCCACGAUGCAGAGCUACAACACCAACGCCAUCUCUUGGGCUCUGGCCAAGUACAUGUACAAGGCUGGAACAAAGUACGAAAUGGUGCCCAUUGGCUUAGCCAUCGGCGCCGGCGCAGUGGUCGUGCACCGCAUUGUCGCCCACUUCGUCCCCAAGAUCCGCAACUUCUCGCUGUACGAGAUCAACCUGCCGCAGUUCAUCCAGUACGCCGGCUACAUCCCGUACAACGCGUCGCAGACGUGCGUCAUCCUGAGCCAGGUCAUCGGCGGCUUCUUCGUGCAGUUCUACCUGCGCAACUACCGCCCCCGCAUCUUCAAGGACUACUCGUACCUCAUCACCGGCGCCUGGGACGGCGCCAGCCUGUUCGCCCUCUUCAUUCUGUCUUUCGCCGUGUUUGGUGCAGGUGGCCCUUCCGUGCCCUUCCCCACUUGGUGGGGGAACAACGCGGACGGGUAUUACGAUUUGUGUCCUGUGUCUGAGUGA